AUGGAAGGCUCAUUGUACGGUGAGCCAGCAGGAGCUUCACCUGGAGGCUUUUCACCAGAUACUAAGAACAAGCCAAUUACUGAAAACAUUAAAGACGGAGUAGGCUCAGUGGUGGAUUUCGCUAGAAUGUGGCAAAAAACCACUCAUGGUCUCUUGACCUGGAAAUGGGGAACGAAUAAUAACUUUCUUUACAAAUGUUCUGCUCUUGACUCUACUGAGCUGGUGAAGGAUAAAGUCAUCUCCUUGGUAGAUGCUGGAAUAGCCAUAAACUGUGCUUUCCCUCUGGUUCUCCACCCGGAAAGGAAAGUGAAACUGAUUCUCUCCUUUGACUAUGGCCCUUUUGAACCAUUUAAGGCCCUCAAGCAAACUGCCAAAUACUGUAAGGAAAACUGCAUCCCAUUUCCUGAGAUAGACGAGAAAUUGCUCCUAGAGCCAGAUAACCCCUCCGACUGCUACAUCUUCAGAGGAGAGGGUGCUCCAACCGUCAUGCACUUCCCACUUUUCAACAGAGUGAAUUGCCCGGCCUAUGUGACAGAAUGGAGGAUUAGAUUCACCAUGCUUCGCUUUCUCUACCAUGUGGGAGACAUCACCAAAUUCCUUCAAUCAGCCAGACUAAAUGUAUUGAACAAUAAAGACAAGAUCCUACAAGAGAUCAAAUACAUUGUGGCUCACUCCAGCAAGGAGGCAAGCUUUUAAGAAGACUUUUUCAUCUAUGCUUUGCAUACGUUAAAGCCACCCAGUAGAUUUUGCGAACUACAGAAUUGUCAUUUGGCUGGAAAAUAUCAUCAUUUGGAAUCACAGUGGGGAGAGGCGUCUCGGUUUCUACUGUGAAAGCACUAGUACCUAGUUCUUGAGUUAGCCCUGUCACUUGACUGCACUUUACUUCAGCAAUUCUGAUUCUGCGCAUGAGUCAAAGAAAAAUUCUCUCUUGGUAUUCUUUGCUUGCUGUUUUGAAUUAUUGCUCAAUCUGUCUCUGCUCUGUUUGAUACCAGAUGCCUUUGUCUCCUGAUGCACAGUUCAUGUUCAAUCA